UGGGACUAGAUUAAUUUAGGAUAUCUGGUCAGCAUGGAUGAGUUGGACUGAAGGGUCUGUUUCCAUGCUCUACGUCUCUGUGUGUCUAUUACUCGAAUUAAUUUUAAACACUCCCUGUCCUAACAACUUCCAUAUUCUCAUCACUUUUCCAGUGAAGCAGUAUUUUAUGAAUAACCUGUUGGUGACUGUCUUCUAUUAUGGGCAUAUCACUAAAUAGAGUCACUGUUGUACCACAGGAUAUGCGGCAACCAAUUUGUGCACAGAAGAACCCGACAAACAGUAAAGUGUUAAUUGUUUGAAGGAUAAAUAUUGGCUGGGAAACUGGGGGAGAAUUUUCCUCCUUUCCUAUUCUGCAUUGGGACUUUUCUUUAAAUUAAAGGUGCAACAUGAGCUGUUGGUCUCCUUUCAAGAGUGGCAGUGGGUAAUGUUACAUUUACCCCAAGAAAGGGCAAAUGGGGCCAGGAUUUAACAUCUCAAAAAUGGUUCCUCUGACAGUGCAGCGUUCCUCCAGUCCGGCAGUGGAACACUUUGGCCAAGAGGUGAGAAUUCGGCCAAGGACACUGAGCAUUUGUUUUCACAAUCGUCUUGGGACACCGGGUAACACCGCGGAAAGGGGUAACCACAGAUGAAUGAGGGCUGGAGGGAGAUUCGGAAUUGAUUCUGAGAAAAUAAGGAGCAAUUAAAAGGAAAGAGUUAAAAGAAACGAAAAAAACAACCCGGAGAAGGGAUAGAUGCAAAAUGGAAUAAAACAUAACACCACAAUAAAAUUCCGUAAAAUAGCGCCAGUGAUUUGAAGAAGGGAAUGGACAAAGUAAUGUGCUCCAGCCAUCUACAGCACACUCUCUCCAAUUUCCACUCAGGGCUAAUGCUGAGCUUUCUGUCUCGCACACACGUUCAGUCCGAGCCUCUUGCUUGCGUUCAUUCUGACGCCAACUGCUUCUCUCGUCUUUGUUCUCCAGGUUACCCUGAGACCUCAGCCAGCUCCCCUCCCCUCCCCGACCGAAAGGAACAGUCUGGAGGAAGGAAGUGCCCCCCAUUUCCCUCGAGGUCUCGCUGUAUCCCGCCGACCAGGGUUCGGUGAGAACUCAUCUUUCUCUCUGUACACAUAGCGAUUCACUGGGACAGAGGCAAAGCGGUGUUGGAAACCUGGAUUUUCUCUCCUGCCCGCCCAGUCCACGAGAGUCAAGUUUUUGCUCCAGAUCUCAGCUGCACAGGAGAAGGAAGGCAAUGCCAGGAUUUUCAUGAAGUUAAUUGCAACUGAGCUUCAAAUAGGAGUCAGGCUCCGGUGGGAAAGAGAAUCGAUGCUCUCAUUCUCAGCAAAGAUCUAUAAACCAAGUUAUCAUUUCCAUUCCUUGUGAUCACCAGAACCCCUCUUAAAGGAGACGUCCCUGCCCAGCUGUGAGAGCUGGCGGAGAGCUGGACGAAUUCAAUACAUCAAAUUAAGAGGGGCAGCGGACCACAGUUGGCAAUGAAGGCAUUUUAAUUCCGCCUGGAGCUGAGCCUGGACGCAAGCCCAACAGAAAUUGCAAGACUGGAGUGGCGGGAGUGUCCGCUUUAAGGGGAUUGCACAGUAGGAGACACUAUUUGAGAAGGUCGUUGGAAGUGAGGAGCCGUGUGGGGAGCCGGAAGAUUUAGCCGACGCUGCGAACUGGACCGAUCGCUUUUGCCAGGAGUGAUAUUUUUUAAAAAAAUCAAUCUAGUCUCUCACAGUCAUAGGGAUAGUAACUCCUCCAAUGCGAAUGUUAUGCGUGUUGUAUGAGGAAUGUGAGCUGGGAGAUGGCUGCACGCUCGUUUCAAUGUGGAAUCCAAGGGGCAUCAUCAGUGGACUGAGAGACUGAUGUCAGUUUCCAGUUCAGUUAAAAUCCUCCUCUCACCAAGAGGUUAAACCAUUCCAAAAGUCAACGCCAAAUCUGCUGAGAAUCUACCAUGAUCUGUGUAAACCUCUUCAUCUUUCUGAUUUUUAUAGAUGAGGUGCUGCGUUCAGCUGGGGAUCCUGUCCUGCCGGGGACCUGGAGAGUGGACUGCGUUCGGGCCAAUGAGUUAUGUACGGCUGAACCUGGCUGCAGCAGCCGCUACCGGACCCUACGGCAAUGUCUGGCGGGGAAGGCUGCCAUGCUGUUUGGUCCUGAAGCCAAAAACGAGUGCAUCGCUGCCAUGGUGGCACUACAACAAAGCCCACUCUUCGACUGCCAAUGCAAACGAGCAAUGAAGAAAGAGAAACAGUGCCUGGCCAUCUACUGGAGUAUCCAUCACAGUUUCCAGCAAGGUAAUGACCUAUAUGAAAACUCUCCCUAUGAGCCGGUUAGCUCACGCCUGUCCGACAUAUUCCGACUUGCUGCAAUCAGUUCAGGUUUGGAGCCCACUGGAGCUCGAGGAAACCAAUGUUUGGAUGCAGCCAAGGCUUGCAACCUGAAUGACACCUGUAAAAGAUACCGCUCCAUGUACAUCUCCACUUGCGUCAAGCGCACCUCCACCUCCGAUACCUGCAGCCGCCGAAAAUGCCACAAGUCACUGAGGCAGUUUUUUGAUCGCGUGCCUGCAGAGUACAGCUAUCGGUUGCUCUUCUGCUCCUGUAACGACCCAGCUUGUGCGGAGAGGCGCCGCCAAACCAUUGUACCCACCUGCUCAUAUGAAGACAAGGAGAAGCUAAACUGCCUGGCACUUCAUCAGACCUGUAAGACGGACCACGUGUGCAGGUCUCGACUCGCAGAUUUCCUGACGAAUUGUCAACCCUCUGCGCAAUCACUGAGUGGCUGUUUUCGUGAGAACUACGCAGCUUGCUUACUCUCCUAUUCGGGACUCAUUGGAAGUGACAUGACCCCGAAUUACAUUGAUGCAACUGACGUUGUGGUGGCCCCAUGGUGCACAUGCAGUGGUAGUGGAAACCAGAAGGAAGAAUGCGACAAGUUUUUGAACUAUUUCAAAGCAAACACCUGCCUCAGAAAUGCAAUGCAAGCUUUUGGCAAUGGGACAGAUGUGAAUAUGUGGAAACCCAGCUUCCCCACUCGAGCCACAUCACUGCUGAAGACAGAGAAUACGAUCGAGAGUGCUCAGCCUUCUGAUCACAUCAAGGAGAUUACCACGGCCGAUGAUGCUAACAUUCUCACCAUGUGUUCUGACUUGCAGGGUACUGGACCAAAGUUCAACACUUCUAAAGAACAGUCUCUCUGUCUGCCUGAGACACAGGUUCCUGUGGUAAACAAGAAGAUUAAAGAGAUGGAUAAAAUACACAGCUACGCAGAUCCAAGGAAUGGAUACUCAUUUAGUGCAUGUGUCCGUGCCAGUGGGGCUUGGGUAGCUAUUUCCUUUUUCAUCGUGACAACCCUGGCAUCAUAAGAGCGUCAGGGAGCCCUUGAAGAUUGCCUAUUUCCAUCUUAUUUCAUUGAAAAGUGAUACCCCUGAGGAGAUAAUAAAAAGACAACAAAUUGAAUUUUAAGGGAGAGAGGGCAAGGGAAGGUUGUAAUUGCUUUGGUAGAAUUGUCCCAACAAAGUCUUGGUCCCCAAAGCAUUGGCUUUUCACAGAUACAAUGCUGUGAGCAUUUUGGGACCUUGCUUCCUUCAAGAAGAAAAAAGAGUGACUGCCUCUUCAAGCCUAGCUGUAUGCCGGAAUCCUCAGCAUUGGGCUGCUUAUUGGACUUGAGUAACCAGUUAGGCUUAAGCAAAGCCUUCCGAAUUGGAUCACCAUACAUUCCUCACCCAACGGCCAAGGCCGAAGGACAGGAUUCUAAUUUGGUGACAUGGCUGCAAUGAUUUAAUGGUUGUAUAAAACCACUACUCGUUUUACUGUAUGUACGUUUUAUUCCCCCAUGUGCUGUUCUUGGAGUUGAGGAAAGGUUCUGGUGUGUUAGAAUUACCACUCUUUUCUACACUCAAAAUCAUUUAUACCGAUGAGAGCAUAAGAGAUCUAUUUACCUGUAAAAAAAAUGUUUUCUCUUUUGUUUCUGAACUUUCUAGAAGUGUGUUUCAUGUAGUAAUAGUUGUCUAACCCCAGCUUGCAUUGCUUCCGCGAGCUGCUUGUGGAAUUAUACCAUGAUUGAAUAGUGUAUUAUUUCAAUAUCAUAAACAGGAAUAUAUCUCUACUAAGGAAA